CGACCUCUUGCGUGCGAAAGCAGUUCCCGCCUUUGCAGCCCUCUGGAAAUUCGAACCUCGAACCUCAAACCGCGACAACUCCCGCAACCACCAGCCUUUUUUCCCCGUCACCACGGUCAGCACAUCCGCCGAAACCAUGUCUGACAACGGAGAGAUCGAGGUCGAGGCCGUCUCGGGCUACCAGGCCCUCCCCAAGGAUGUUGUCGCCGAGAUUGGCAGCAUCAAGCUCUUCAACAAGUGGAGCUACGAGGAUGUUGAGAUCCGCGAUAUCUCCCUGACAGACUACAUCCAGAUCCGCUCACCCGUCUACAUCCCCCACUCCGCUGGUCGCUAUGCCGUCAAGCGCUUCCGCAAGGCCAACUGCCCCAUCAUUGAGCGCCUUACCAACUCUUUGAUGAUGCACGGCCGAAACAACGGCAAGAAGCUGAUGGCUGUCCGCAUCGUUGCGCACGCCUUCGAGAUCAUCCACCUGAUGACCGACCAGAACCCCAUCCAGAUCGCCGUUGACGCCAUUGUCAACUGCGGCCCCCGCGAAGACAGCACCCGUAUCGGCUCGGCCGGUACCGUCCGUCGCCAGGCCGUCGAUGUGUCGCCGCUGCGCCGCGUCAACCAGGCCAUUGCCCUGCUCACCACGGGCGCCCGCGAGGCGUCGUUCCGCAACGUCAAGUCGAUCGCCGAGUGCCUGGCUGAGGAGCUGAUCAACGCGGCCAAGGGCAGCAGCAACUCGUACGCGAUCAAGAAGAAGGACGAGUUGGAGCGUGUGGCGAAGAGCAACCGGUAAAGGCGCUGGGAGGAUUACUAUUUGGACGUGGGUACCUGUUUGGGGACACAAGCGGCGCAGAUGGGAUCGGGGCUGCUUGCAUGCAUGCUGUCAAUGGGAAGUUCUUUCUCUGGGUUCUCUUUCUCACGGAAAGUUGCAUUUGCGCGUUCGGGAUUUGGCAAAGGCGGGUGCGAAUUUUUCACGCUGGCAUUCUUUGUCAACUAGGGCUCUAAAAAAAAAAGCUCUGCUCAUUGGAGGGCAAAUCACGAAGGAUCUUUGACCAAAAGUCAUGUUCAUUUUUUUUUUCUAGCUGGGUUCCUCUGUUUUGGUGAUGUGGGUGUUGCUAUCAUAGGAGAACUCCAUGUGCCAACAAGACGUCAUUGAUAAAGACAGUCGUCAGUCCCUUUGGAGUGAAGUAUGGCUCGGUGGCUGUGCUGAAAAGGUCGAG